AUGGGUAAAUUCUUCGAAACGGUCCCCGAAAACCUCGCGAAAUGGGUGCUCGAGCAGAAACUGUUCUGGGUAGCCACCGCCCCGCUCUCCUCGACCGGCCACGUCAAUGUGUCCCCGAAAGGCGGCGCCGACUUUGGCCUGCUCGACGACAAGACGUUCUGGUACAUGGACUUCACCGGCAGCGGUAACGAGACCAUCUCGCACCUGUACGAGCCGGACAACGGCCGCAUCACCGUCAUGUUCAAUGCCUUCGACGGCCCACCGCGCAUCGUCCGAUUUUUCGGCCACGGCCGGGUGCUCGAGCGCCGCGGACAUGUGGCGGGGGACGGGCGGGCAUUUGAUGAGUUUGUGAAGAAGCAUGACGUGCCGGUCAUCGAUUCCUCGAGGUCGAUUAUCAUCGUGGAUAUCCACCAGGUCAACAGCUCGUGCGGGUAUAACGUACCGUAUUACGAGUUCAAGAGCUUCCGCACGGCCUUACACAGCACGUUUUCGGCGCGGGCUGAGAAGUAUAACAAUGGCGUCGAGAAGGAGGCCAGGGAGAGGUACUGGGCGUUUAAGAAUGCAUACAGCCUCGACGGGCUUCCCGGCAUGCAGGUCGGUUUCGAAGUCGGCAAGAAGGAACACAUUGCACCGAUCGAGAAGAUGGUUGGGCCCAUGGCGCAACGGCGAUACCACCGGGACCGGCGGUUUAGCGUCUGGCAUCUCCUUUUCGUCGCGGCGCUUUCUGCCGUCCUAACGGCCUUCUGGCCUGUGUUGUUUGCCUUGUUGCGGGAGCAUAUCCCUGCGUAA